AUGGCUCCUGAUAGGGAGCCCGUCUCCAUGACUUCGGGCGAUUUCGCCGCGGACAAGGCCAACGAGGCCGGAGAGGCCGUGCAUGAAGACGUCCUCCCUUCCGCAGAGGCCCUCGCCGAAGCCAUGGCCCACGGGACGCCGUCACCGUGGAGCAAGUCUCUUCUCAAGCUGUACUGCUUCUGUGCAGUCGCCUUCCUCUGCUCCACCAUGAACGGCUACGACGGCUCCGUCUUUGGCUCCCUCCCCGCGCUGGAAUCGUUUAGAAAUCGGUUCGAGGUCGGCAAGACGGGCCCCAAGCUGGGCUACAUCUCGGCCAUAUACACAGUCGGCACGAUUGCCUCGCUGCCCGUCACCGGCCCCGCGUGCGACGUCAGGGGCCGCCGCACGGGCAUGUUCAUCGGCAGCGCCAUUGUGAUUGCGAGCGCCGUGCUGUCCGGGCUGGCCGCCGGCACGGCGCAGUUCGUCGCGGGCCGCUUCUUCCUCGGCUUCGGGGUCAGCAUCGCCCGCUGCGCCAGCUCCAUCUGGGUGGCCGAGACUGCGCCCCCGUCGAGCCGCGGCGUCCUGACGGCGUUUUACAACUGCACGUACGCCAUCGGGGCCGUCAUGGCCGCCGGCGUCGCCCGCGCGUCCGUCCGGUACCCCGGCGACGCGGCCUGGAGGAUCCCCGUCUGGUGCCAGCUCGUCUGCCCGGCCAUUGUGUGCGCCCUCGUCAUGCUGCUCCCCGAGUCGCCGCGGUGGCUGUACGCGAACCGGCGAGAAGCGCUGGCCGUCGAUUUUCUGACCGAGUACCACGGAGAGGGGGACCCGAACCACCCCCUUGUGCGGCUGCAGGUCGACGAGUACCGCCGCGUCAUUUCCCUCGACGGCUCGGACAAGAAGUGGUGGGACUAUGGCGACCUCUACAGGACGCGCUCGGCGCGCUGGCGCGUCUUCAACGCCCUGAUCCCCUCGGUCUGGGGGCAGUGUUCGGGAAACGCCUUCGUCAGCUACUACCUGCCUGCGAUGCUGGCCACCGCGGGCAUGACGCGGCCGGACCAGAUCCUCAACAUCAACCUCGGGUAUACCAUCGUGUCCGCCGUGGCCUCGUACAUUGGCGCCGGCCUCAUUGAGAGAAUGGGCCGGCGGCCAACCAGCAUCUGGACCUCGGUCGCGUGCUCCCUUUGUUUUGCCGGCAUCACGGGGGGCGCCGGGGCAUACACGAUGACCAAGUCGGGCGGCGCGGCCGCGGCGGGCGUGGCCUUUAUCUUCAUCUUUGGCUGGUGCUACAACUUUGGCAUUACGCCCCUGCAGGCGCUGUAUCCCGUCGAGUGUCUGUCGUACGAGCAGCGCGGCAAGGGCCUGGCCUUUGUCUUUGCCUUUGCCCACUGCCUGGCGUUCGUCAACCAGUUUUGCUUUCCGAUUGCGUUGCAGCGGAUUGGCUGGUACACGUACAUGAUCUUUAUUGGCUGGGACCUCAUCCAAGCGGCCAUCAGUUACCUCUUUUCCGUGGAGACCAAGGCCAGAUCUCUGGAGGAAAUGUCGGAGAUUUUCGAGGCCAGGAACCCGGUCAAGGCUUCUCUUUCUUCUCCAAAGCACGCCGAGAGCAGGGGCUAG